CGCUACUGCGGGAAACAUUAUUACUGAUUCGAAUGAUCUUGUUCUGAGAGCGCGGGUGCAUAAAAGCCUCAGCUUUUCUGCAGCCUGAGUCGUCGAGCGAUGGUCCGAGCAGUCCUGAGUCUAAUGGAGAGGCUCGGGAGGGCUGUGACGAGAACUGUUGUGUUUGGCCUGCAAGGAGUCGCGAUCGGAUAUUGUAUAUUCGAAUACGGAAUACAGACCAGCCACUGCACAGGGCCGUCCAUGGAGCCGACAAUACAUGAUGGCGACAUUAUUGUCAUUGAGAAGAUCUCAGCGAUCAGGAAUUCUUUCAAACGAGACGACAUAGUGGUGUGCCGGAGCCCGUCGGAACCUGAUUCGUACUUAUGUAAACGGCUCAUAGGUCUGCCAGGAGACAUACUGACCAGUCCAGAUAUUGGCUCCCAGGAAGUUCCGAGAGGACGAGUUUGGCUACAAGGCGACAAUUACAAUAACUCCCACGAUUCGAAAGAUUUCGGUCCCGUGCCAAUGGGUCUCCUCAAAGGCAGAGCGAUUUUCAAGCUGAACACCUGGGAGAUAUUGCGGUGAGAAGUGUAGUAGGCUCUAUUAAUGGAUAUGCCACAGAGAGAAUGACCGCGUGUGAGCCUCGAUUCACUGGGGCAGAGGCUUGCCUGAGUGAAAUUCUCCCGACGAAGGGGGAGUACUCGCGAGAAUCAUCGUGGUGUUGUACAGGAGAUAAGAACCAAAAGAGUUAGGAAUAAAGUUAUGGUAUCCUUGUU